GAGAGCCAGGGCAACCAUACCGUUUAGCCUGCACUAGGCGGGGCAACAAGGAUGCGGUCGCUGAAGCAAAUCCUGCGCAUCGGCGAGGCUAGCUCGCUCGGUCUGCGCGCGUUCGGCAGCGCUGCCAAGGAUGUAGUGGCUACUGAUGCCAACCCUUUCCUGCGCUUCAGCAACCCCCGCCCCAGCCCCAUCGACCACACGCCCCUGCUGAGCACGCUUCCGGAGACCCGGAUAACCACGCUGCCCAACGGCCUGCGCGUGGCCACCGAGGCUAUCCCGUUUGCGGAGACCACCACGCUCGGCAUCUGGAUCAACAGCGGCAGCCGCUUUGAGACUGAUGCCAACAAUGGCGUCGCUCACUUCUUGGAGCACAUUCUCUUCAAGGGCACCAAGAACCGCUCGGUGAAGGAGCUGGAGGUCGAGGUGGAGAACAUGGGCGGCCAGCUGAAUGCCUACACGGGCCGUGAGCAGACCUGCUACUAUGCUAAGGUCAUGGGCAAGGACGUGGGCAAGGCGGUCAACAUCCUGUCCGAUAUCCUGCUGAACUCCAACCUGGAUGCCCGCGCCAUCGACAAGGAGCGCGACGUGAUUCUGCGCGAGAUGGAGGAGGUCAACAAGCAGACCUCGGAGCUGGUGUUCGACCACCUGCACGCCACCGCGUUCCAGUACAGCCCGCUGGGCCGCACCAUCCUGGGCCCCGUGGAGAACAUCAAGUCCAUCAACCGCGACCAGCUGGUUGAGUACAUGAAGACCCACUACCGCGGCCCCCGCAUGGUGCUGGCCGCUGCCGGUGCCGUCAACCACGACGAGCUGGUGAAGCUGGCGUCGGAUGCGUUCGGCUCGGUGCCGGAUGAGGACGCCGCCACCUCGGUCCGCUCGCUGCUGGUCAAGGAGCCCUCGCGCUUCACCGGCUCGUACGUGCACGACCGCUUCCCUGACGCCUCGGAGUGCUGCAUGGCCGUGGCGUUCAAGGGUGCCUCAUGGACCGACCCCGACUCCAUCCCCCUGAUGGUCAUGCAGACCAUGCUGGGCGGCUGGGACAAGAACUCGACCGUGGGCAAGCACAGCAGCAGCGCGCUGGUGCAGACCGUGGCCACGGAGGGCCUGGCGGACGCCUUCAUGGCCUUCAACACCAAUUACCACGACACCGGCCUGUUCGGCGUGUACGGCGUCACCGACCGCGACCGCUCCGAGGACUUCGCCUACGCCAUCAUGUCCAACCUGACGCGCAUGUGCUUCGAGGUCCGCGACGCCGACGUGGCGCGCGCCAAGAACCAGCUCAAAGCCAGCCUGAUGUUCUUCCAGGACUCCACGCACCACGUGGCCGAGUCCAUCGGCCGCGAGCUGCUGGUGUACGGUCGCCGCAUCCCCAAGGCGGAGAUGUUCGCACGCAUCGACGCCGUGGACGCCAACGCCAUCCGCGCCGUGGCCGACCGCUUCAUCUACGACCAGGACAUGGCCGUGGCCUCCGCCGGCGACGUGCAGUUCGUGCCCGACUACAACUGGUUCCGCCGCCGGUCCUACUGGCUGCGCUACUAAGCAAAUCGCACCAGCAGGUGGUGUCGCUGAGCUGCCGAGACUGCUAUCCAGACUCUGGCCAGUGCCUGAGGUUGGCGGCAGCGGCGUGAGGCGGAGCGUGGGGCCGCCACUGGAGCAGUGGCAGCGGUGCCGGCCGCCUGGCGCGUGGAGCUGCAGUGCGUAGUAGAGUGUGGAACCCGGAGUGCGAGCUGCAGCAGCGGGAGCUGGCUAGAGGUCGCUCGUCGGGAGGUACGGGGGUGCAGAGCUUAUCCUGGACAUGCUGAGGAGGAGCGUGUGGCGGCUGAAGGCGAGGGCGCUGUCAUGCGCGCGGGGAGAGUGGAGGACAGUUGAGCAAUGGCCUCUGUAUGCCAGUUGCUGGUCUGCUCCGACCUGAGUAUAGAUUGAGAGGGCAGAGCGAAGCCUGGAAUGGCGUUAGGGCCAUGCAGCAGAGGGGAUGCGGAAGGCGCCUAGGGCAGCAGGUCGAUGGCGGAGCAUCCCGGAGCUCGAGCCCUGUAGGUGGAAGGGCAGAUUUACGGUAGGUGAUAAACUCGCGUAGGCAGUGAGCUUAACAACUUCAUGACUGACGGUAUCAUAGGUAGGGAGGUGCAAGAUGCAAGCGGCGAAGAUGCCGUUGUUGAUGGGUGUGGUACGGCGUGUAAGUGCGCCGCGUGGAUGCCUGGACCCCCCCCCCUCCGUUGAAGAGUCAUAAAACUUC